CUGGGCUUCCUAAGUCUAAGUCAUUAAAAUGACUAGCUUUUCUUCUUUUCCUCUGUUUUGCUUGAUGGUUGGGGCUUAUAUGAUUCCAGAAGGUUUCACUAUGGAGAUCAUCGGAGGGAAAGAAGUACCUCCACACUCCAGGCCCUUCAUGGCUUCCAUCCAGUCCAGAGGCAGUCACGUCUGUGGAGGGGUCCUGAUCCACCCGCAGUGGGUGCUGACCGCAGCCCACUGCAGCCCUUGGUUUGCCCAAGGCCAGGCUCCUUCUGUGGUUUUAGGAGCACAUUCUCUCUCAAAGAAUGAGCCCUCUCAGCAAAGGUUUGCAAUUAAAAGAAUCAUACCGUUCUCAAGACCCAAGUCAGAUGAUAUCAUGCUGGUAAAGCUUCACACAGCUGCAAAACUCAACAAGUAUGUCCAGCUGCUCCAUCCAAGAUCCAAAAACUAUAUCAGAGAUGGAACCAAAUGCCAGGUUACUGGCUGGGGUGCCACCAACGCAGAUGUUUUAAACAACUCUGAUACCCUGCAAGAAGUCACUGUCACCAUCAUAAGUCGAAAACAUUGCAACAGCCGAAGUUAUUAUAACCACAGGCCUACUAUAACAAAAGACAUGCUGUGUGCGGGAGAUGCAAAAGGCCAAAAGGAUUCUUGCCAGGGUGACUCCGGUGGUCCCUUGGUCUGCAAAGGUGUCUUCCAUGCCCUCGUCUCCAGAGGCGAUAAGUGUGGUGUUGCCAAGAAGCCGGGCAUCUAUACCCUGUUAACUAAGAAAUACCAGGAUUGGAUCAAAAGCAAUCUUGCCUCACCUCACGCAUACUAAGAUUGCCAAUCAUUUUCUCAGAUCUGUCACUUUCUCCCCAUAAUACGCUUGCAGAGAAGCUUCUCUCCAGAUGAAGCUGGACGUAGAUAACGCAGAACACACCUGAUGUGGCUCGCUGCGCCCUGAAGACCCCUCAUGCCAAUGAACCUAAC